UUCUGUUUGUGUUUUGGCUUUCAACUCAGAUUGUAUAGGUUACUUACUACAUUUUCGAAAAAAAAAAACAAAAUUCAAAAACAAAAAAAAAAAAGAAGGAAAAAGACAUGGCAUUGUGCUUCCGCCACAUUAAGCGCCACAUGUGCAUGCUGAUGCGUCAGAACUUCGCGAAGAGUUGCGAAUCCAAGCUGAACGACCAGAUCAACAUGGAGUUGAAGGCGUGCCACCAGUACCUGGCCAUGGCAUAUCAUUUCGAUCGUUCGGAUAUCAGCUCCCCGGGAUUGCACGGCUUCUUUCUGCAGGCGAGUGCCGAGGAGCGGGAGCACGCGGAGAAGAUCAUGAAGUACAUGAACAAGCGCGGAGGUCUGAUUAUUUUGGGCAGUGUACCAGAGCCGAUUCCUUCUUUUGCCAGCACUUUGGAGGCCAUGAAACACGCCCUGACAAUGGAACUGGAGGUGAAUCAGCAUUUGCUGGACUUACACAAGUUGGCCGGAGAGGAGUCGGAUCCCAAUCUGUGUGACUUUAUCGAGACGAACUUUCUGCAGGAGCAGGUCGAUGGACAAAAGAUCCUGGCGGACUACAUUCGCCAGUUGGAGAGGGCGCAGAAUGAAGUGGGUGACUACCUGUUUGACAAGUACAUGGGUUCUGGCAUGCAUCCCUCCAAGUGAACCUUUUACAAGUGGACUCUCAGCCGUGAAAUUUGUACAGAAGAAUUCUCCAUGUGUUUUUAAUAAAUUUUUCGUUGACCCUCAGAA